AGGAAGCAGUCCGGGGCUUCGCAGUCCCGGCGGUCCCGCAGGCACCUGGCUUGCGGUCGGUCGCGCGUACAGGAGCGGGCAGGGCGCACCAUGGAAGCGAAGUGAGGCGGCCGGGGGUCGGCAGCCCCGCGGGCCAUGUACGGCGACGUGUUCAACACCACGGGCGGCCCCGAGGCGGCGGUAGGCGGCGCGCUGGCGCUGGCAGCCACGGUCAAGGCGGAGGGCGCUUUGCCGCUGGAGCUGGCCACCGCGCGCGGGAUGCGGGACGGUGCGGCCGCCAAGCCCGACCUGCCCACCUACCUGCUGCUCUUCUUCCUGCUGCUGCUCUCCGUGGCGCUCGUCAUCCUCUUUAUCGGCUGCCAGCUACGCCACUCGGCCUUCGCCGCUCUGCCCCACGACCGCUCUCUGCGGGACGCGCGCGCGCCCUGGAAGAUGCGGCCGGUGUAGCCACACCGGGUCCCGGUCUCGCCACCAGCAGUAGGUAUGAGCUGGGCAGGGUGCACCUGAUGCCCCUGGGAACACUGCACUUUGACCCCCCACACACCCUUCCCGCCCUCGAGCAGCACCGUGUGCAUCAAAGGAGUCGGAGGC